CGGAAGUUAAGAGGAAAGGGAAUCUGAAGCAUCACCAUAUUACUAAUAAAUACCCAAUCGAAAGAGUAAAGCUGUUGUCACUCCAUUUCUUCUACAUCACUUCCCAUUCUUCUGCGUCACACCCCAUCGCAUCUCUGCCGUUUUCUUGACGCCAAAUCGAUCCUCUGAUUCGCUCUCCGGGAAAGGAACAUGAACCGGGGUAGUGCUCGAAGGGCCGGAGGAUACAGGGGACGAUCCUCGCGGUCUGGGGUCGGAACCUCACUUCGUUAUGUACCCGUAAGAAAAUUGAAUCCCUCUCAAUUUGUUCUGAUCUUGCGCGUAGUGAGACGGUGCCGUUUGAAUUGGGCAGUUGCUGGUUUUGGUGAUCUUGUUGGAGCUGGUAGACAUUCGACUAAUGAUGCUCUUGAGUGCAAGGAUGGAACACCCCCUAACAGAAGGGAAGCUCCAAAGCAGCCGUCACCAGGUAGUAUUUCAAGGCAAUCUGAGCAUGAACUCACAUUAGGGCAUUCUUACAAGCAGGAUCGGCCGUCAUCUGGUAAUAGCGAAGGACUUUCCCAUAUGGGUAUAAAUCAGCAUGGACAAAAUCCACUAGAGACAGCAAGCAGUAGCUCACAACCAUCUGGGUGCUCAUCUGCUUCAGAUUCAGCCCAUGAGAAUCACCUUCCCCCAUUGUAUGAUCUCUCACUCAAAGAAAAUACUAAAAACCUGCAGAAUGAGUCUCAGAUUCAGACUCCAAUUAAAUAUGGUAUUAACAGUAUGCCUUUCCAGAACAAAGGACCCCAAUUUGAGAAAAAUUCUCUUAGCAAGACCAUAGGCACUGGAAAUAUAGAGCUUUCUGAGCAUCCAGGGGUAGUUGAGCCUUUUGAUAUCUGCCCAGUGAAAACUGGAACUUCCAUAGUCCUAAAAGCUCCUUUACUUUCAAAGAAUAGAGAAAAGCGAAGAGAAAGCAAGCGGGCUGAAGAAGGGCUAAAAGGAGACGUGAUAAGGUCUGGAAUGGUUCUUCUGAAGGGUUACAUUUCCUCCAGUGAUCAGGUUAAAAUAGUAAAGAAAUGUCAAGAACUUGGUCUGGGAUCUGGAGGCUUCUACCAACCUGGUUAUCGAGAUGGAGGUAAACUGAAUUUGCAGAUGAUGUGCCUUGGAAAGAAUUGGGACCCUGAGACGGGCAAAUAUGAAGAUGAACGACCAGUUGAUAAUGCUAAACCACCUCCUAUUCCUGAUGAAUUUUUUCAUUUGGUUAAAGAAGCAAUCCAAGAUUCACAAGCACUUCUUUCAAAAGAAAAAAUUGAAGCAAGCAAGGUGGAAAAAGAACUUCCUUGGAUGAUACCAGACAUCUGUAUUGUCAAUUUUUACACAACUAGUGGUCGUCUUGGUCUCCAUCAGGAUAGAGACGAAACAGAAGAGACUCUUCGGAAAGGACUACCAGUGGUCUCCUUCUCCAUUGGCGACUCUGCAAAAUUCUUAUAUAGUAAUCAGAGAGAUGUUUUCAAUGCAGACGAAGUUUUAUUGGAAUCAGGAGAUGUUUUGAUCUUCGGGGGUGAAUCUAGACGUAUUUUUCAUGGGGUAGCUUCCAUUCUCCCAAAUACUUCUCCUCAGGUCCUGUUGAAAGAAACAAAUCUCCGUCCUGGCCGUUUGAACCUGACAUUCAGACAGUAUUAAGGCUUCUGUACUCAAUGGAUGUCAUAUGAUGCUUCUUUCGAGAUGGACAUAGAUUCAUAUAAAAGAGUUUGAAAGACUGGUACACGUAAAUUUUAGCAACAUUUUGUAGAUAGCAAGAUGGUUAUUAUUGUUUGCUGCUGUUUUCGUCAAAUGAGUGAGGUACUUCUUGUGUAAGUGUGGAUUGAAAAUAUAUGAAUUGGAAUCUUGACUGCUAA